UCUCUGGUUGCAAUGUGCACAAACUGUUGUUUUUUCUGUUUACAAACAUUGUGACAUGAGUUCAUAGAAUUGAAAAUGAAGUUACUUGCUUGGGGUGCAAAUACAUAUGGUCAGCUUGGAGUUGGUUAUAAAUCUGAGCUUUGUGCUGAACCUGUUGAAGUGACAGCUCCAACAAUUGAACCAAAGUUACUUACAAGACUUUGUGGAGGUGGAGGCCAUACACUCAUUUUGGAUAAAAAUGGAAACAUUUAUUCCUGUGGCUGGAAUAACAAAGGCCAAUUAGGUCAGUCUUUGGAAGAACAAGCAGCAUCUUUUGAACAUAUAGCAGCUCUUUCAGGGCACCAUAUCAUUGAUAUCAGCUGUGGCUGGGAAACAAGUUUUGCUCUGACAAGGGAUGGGAAAUUAUUUGGUUGGGGCUCCAAUGUCUAUGGACAACUGUCUCUGCCAAGGGAUCAGGUCACAUUCAGUGCCUCACCUCUCCAGUUGACAGACCAUAAAGUGAAACAACUUUCAUCUGGUCUAAGACACACAGCAGUUGUCACUGACCAGGGUGAUGUAUUUGUUUGUGGUAGUGGAAGAAAAGGGCAACUAGGAAUUGUACAUCAUGGACAGCCACUUAAAGAAAGUUAUACUUUACAGCAUGUUCCAGGCUUGCCACAAAUUAAGAUGGUUGCAUGUGGACAGCACCAUACUGUAGCUUUGUCGGUGUGUGGAAAAAUUUUUGUAUGGGGAGACAACAAGUUUGGACAACUGGGAUUUGAUCCUUUACUACAUCACAAUUUUGCCUAUCCUAUACAGCUUGAUUGCUCUGAACGUGAAAGUCUUCCACAAGAAUGCUUACUUUCAUGUGGAUGGACACACACAGUCUUAAGAACAGGAGGAGGAAAGAUAGUUAACUGGGGAAGAAAUAAUUAUGGACAGCUGGGUUGUGCUGAGAAACAAAGACUUGAAAGCUGGAAGCCAACAUUUCUGAAUGAUGUUCCCAGUACAAAGCAGAUUGCAGUUGGAUCUGAACAUAAUGUGGCUUUGUCUGAGAAUGGUGAAGUGCUAUGCUGGGGCUGGAAUGAACAUGGCAGCUGUGCAACAGGAGCUGAUGUGGAUGUGAAGAGUCCCAGGAAAGUUGAAAAUGCACAGAAAGCUGCUUUAAUAGGGACGGGAGGUGCCCACAGCUUUGCUGUUGUGAUGACUGUAAGAAGAAGAGGAAAUUUUUAAGGGAGGUUCAAGAAGAAAAGAAAAUUAGGAACGGGCUCUGCUGCCUCAAAAAAUUCAAAAACAAUAAGACAAACAGCCAUCGUUCCUUGACAGUGUUGCACAACACAGAUCUGGAGGAACAAAUAUUACAUUGACAUCAUCACAGACAACAAUACAAGAAAGCCAAGAAGACAGUGGAGGUGGAACUCGUCAAUUGGCCCCUUCGGCAUCACAGGAAGAAGAUACGGCAGAAACACAUACAAUAGGAAAUAGUGGUGAAACAUCUAUGGUAACAAACGAUGAACGUUAUGCGGCAGCACAGAAAAGAAAACACAGUAAAGUUCGUAGUAAUGAUGAUACAAUGUUACAAAUGUGGAAAGAAAGGGACAAAAUUAGGCAAAAUUUACUAAAAAUGUUUAUGGAAGACAAUGAUGAUGAUAUUGACUUAUUUUUCCGUUUCAUCAGCACAGUUAUCAGGAGUUGACCUCCAGUUUAUAAGGCAUAAGGGGGGGGGGGGGGGGGGGGAAGAAAAAAAAGUAUGAUCGUUUCUGACUAUGAAAUAAUGGCUGCACAGUGCAACACACAUCAGCCAAGUGAUGACAGCAGCUCUUCAACCUCCACAACUCUCUCACAAAGUCUUGGAACUGCAGCACAAUCUAAUAAUGUAUAACAUUUUGUGGACUUAGCGUCAAAUAUAAUUUUUCUUCUGCACUUAUUGCAUUUCUUAGGCACUGUGGCAUUAUGUCAUCUUUAAUAAAACUGAGCACGAAAUUAAAAA